AAUUAUAUAAGGAAUAAGCUGAAUAUCACUAAAUGCUCUUAGCUACAAUGUAUUUUUUCUCAGAAAAUAAGAACCUAUUUAAGAAUCUAAAUAGCCUAAACUGUGCUAAGUACCAUCUCAGUAAGAACCUAAGAACCUACACUGUACAUGUAUUUUGGCUAACUUGGGAAAAUGCAGGUUGUCAGUUGCAGGUUUUUACUGUAUUUCAAUUUCAAAAUGACCAGUAUAGCGAGGUAGUUCUGACUUUUGGAAAGCACCUUUAACUUCAUAGAUAAACCCUAGUCAAACGUGACUCAAUUAACUUUAUAUUAGGACUGAGCUAUUUUUGACGGAGAGACCUUUUUCUAGGAGGAGCUAUGAGCGAGGUUUGUGAUACACCAAUCACUAACAACCACGGUGAUACAAAUAGUUCUGCUCAGUAAAUCGACAUUAUCACCUGAUGAAGAUCUGCAGUGUGCGGUUGAAAUGUCGUGAUCGAUAUCAAAGUGAAAAUAUUGUAGACAAAAGAUAAAACUAAACCCUUUAUAGUGAUUUAAAGGUAGUUGAUCACUUCUUGCAUGAUACCAAAAUUGGUAAUUCCUGGCUAUAUGAAAGAAACAAUGCGUUAUUGUGUCAAAACAAACAGUUUAUGUUUACUUAUUUAAGGAUUUCACAUUACCAGUACAUUCUUUUUAACCUGAUUAUUAAUUUUCACCCCUGCAGGGGAGGGUGGAGUGGAAGUAGACCCUCUUGAAGCUGCAAAAAUGUUCUCAGAGCUGUCAGAACAGGGGCACCCAUUUGCCCAGGUAAAGGACAAAUUUGUCAGAAUCUAGCAUACAGGUACCUUGUCAUUACUAACAACAUGGUUUGAAAGUAUUUUAUUUAAGUGUUAGAUGGAAGUGUAUUUAGCACGAUGUGCCAUUAUUAAAAACAGUUUUUACAUGCCCUGCUGCAAAGGAGACCAUCAUUUUGUCAAAUAUAUGGUCAUAAAAAAGCCAACUUCAGGAAGCUAAGGACUACAUCCAUUUGCAGGGCAAAGGCAGUAUCAUAUUCUUCUGUGAUUUUAAGUCCUUGGUUGUUGGUUUAGCCAUUGGAAUUGUACGACCUCCAGCUCUGCUGCCAUCCCUACAACAGUUUAGACUCUUGCCAACAUUUUCACUUUUCUUUCAGUUUUCCCUCGCACAAUUAUAUCACAAUGGUAUCGGAAUGACACAGGACUUGAAGGUGGCACUAGGCUUAUAUGAGGUAUUGCAAGAAGAGUUCUAAUUUACUAAAAUUUACUUGAGUGUCUACUUGGGUGCCUAGAAUGAGCUAAGUGCCAUGCAACCCUAUAAUUUUAUAGUUCAAGCUACAGGGCAAGUGUUAAUUUACUACCCAUUGGAUUCAGUUAAAUGCAGCUGCCCUGAUUUGGCUCAUACGAUGAUUAUUUAACAAGGGUUUGUUUUAUGAUAUCGUUGAAGCAAAAGGCUUAUUAUCAAUAUAUUUGAAGAAUAUCAUAAUAGAUUUUGCCUAAAACAUAUUACUAAAGACGAAUUUUGAGUGCAUGACUAUAGGGCUUUGGGCUUGAAAAACUUUGGUAUUUUAGAUGCCAGUAGGUUGUUUACUUAUGGAAGGUGGUUGCUUAAUAGAGGUGGUGGCACAUGGAGGCUUGUAUUCAGAUUUAAUAAAUUAAGGAAGAAAUGUAUGUCAAGACAUAUUAACCAUGUAGUUUUUUUUUAGGUCAGUGCAGAGAAUGGUGUUAGUGAAGCUAAUACAAUGAUUGGUAGGUAAGGAAACUGUGGUAAAGAUAAGUUACCACACCUAUAAAAGUAGCUCUUUCUUUUCAACUUUAUGAUCUAACUUGUUCCUUAACCUUGUCGAUCCUAAUUGUGGCCAAAGAAAAGAUUCACAAAAAAUUUAAAUUUCUUUUUAUUAAAGCUAGUAGAUAAAUAGUACUGUGCAAAAGUUUAUCCAAAGAGGUUUCAUUUGAAUGGCAACAUCUUAGGUUUUCAUCCACAGAUUUAAAAGUAAAGUAACAAAAUUUUAAUAAUCUGGUUAAAAAGUGGUCCAGAAGUGAAAGGACUACAUACAGGAGAAAAUGACCCCCCAAACACUAACAGAAGAACAGUGAAAUCAGUUUGCAGACUGUGAGAAGGCUUUCUUGUAUUAUGUGGGGAGUCAAGAGUGCUUGCUUGUAGGCCAAUCAAGUAGCUCUAAAGUUAAGUAUUAGUUAAAACCCUAAUACUUAGUUAUUCAUGUUGAUGUCAACUUGCCUAUCAUUUUGGUUACUGUCUAUUCAUGUGUAAAGUGAAAAAUUAGCGCUCUUGAUAUUAAAUAAUUUGACUGUGAAAAUUUUGAUGUUUUGGAUUGUUAGUCACCUAUUAGAGGUUACCACUUACCAGAGGUGGUCAUACAUGGAGGUUGAACUUAAGCUGGUUUUCGGUGACCAAGCCUGCCUGCAACCCAAAAAAUAACUUCAUCAUUGAAAAUUAAAAUAUGUGAAAUUUGGUGAAUUAAAAUUAGUUGUAACCUAUCAAUAGACUUCUUCUAGACAUAAGAAAAUUUGGUUUAGUCGCAGGACGCAUUAAGUGAAGUCACAUCCUUGUUUCCUGUUGUUUUUUAAAGGAAAUAUGUACACCACUGGUGAAGCAGGAAAAGUGGAUCUUACAAAGGCAGCUGAGUACUUUACAAAAGCUGCUGAGAAAGGUACAGUACAUGUUUUGUUAUGAUACUGUAAACUGCUGCUUAUCGCUUAUAAGCCAUGGGCUUAUAUGUCUUUUAUAAGAGGUUUUAGGAGGGCUUAUAAAAAGAAGGGGCUUAUAUCCGAGAGGCCUAUCACCAGAAUUUAAAAAAAAAGUGCUUCAAAACAAGCAGUGGCAGUGCAGAUCAAAUACAUUCUUCAUUGAUUGGUUUUUGAUUCAUUUCAAGGAUCAGUUUAAGUUUCUGAGAAACUGCCCACCUACCCCUCCCCUAAGCCAUCAUUUUGCCUUAAGCGAGAAGUAAGUGUUAAUGUUAGCUUAGCGGAGGGGUAGGUGAGCAGUUUCCCUGAAACCUAAAUUGAUCCCAUUUCAAUACAAGCUAGAGGAUCCUAGAGGGGGGUUAUAUCCUGUGUGGCUUACAAUCAGAUGUAUUUUUUUGUUUACAGGUAAAUGGGCCUAUAACCAGGGGGUUGCUUAUAAAUGGUAGUUUAUGGUAUCUGUUUGUUAAAUCUCUUGAGACAGGACACAACAUCUUAAAUCUUAGAAUUCUAAAAAAGGUACCGUAGGCCCUGCAAACCUGAAAAAGUCAGAGAAGCUGAAGGCCUCUAAAAUUAAUACUGACUUGACUCUUUGGCUGAACUUUCACAUCAUGUGAUUUUGUUUUUCAGUAUACCGCUAGAUGGGGCUUGACAUUUAACUUGUAUCACUUUUAAAAAUGGUAGCGUUCAUUAUCACGGAAUAAAACGGAUAAGGCCAUCCUGCGAAGUCUAGAAUUAUUUAUUCCCUACUCCUCAAAUGGUGCUGUUUGCAGCAUACUCGUUUGCAUACUGAGGAACAAUCGAAUUGCUAGCAUAAUCACCACAACUUAUCCAGCUAUCUUUUAGCCUUAACUGCCAUCACGGACAAUUUUUUGUCCCGGACUACUUUUUCUUUAUUAAUCGCUUCCAAAGCAAAUCGGAUGAAUAGAUCGCAGGUUGUUAACCAGCCUUUAUUCAUCCUGAAUGUAUAAGUGUUUUGCACCAGUUUAUUUUCUGACAUGUAUUCUGUUUGAAGAUCAUCGGACAGACUGGAAACUCUUUAGAUUUGCAAAAUGUAUAGUUUUCAACUUUUUCUGGCCACUCACUAUUGUACUGACUCUUCUAACUCUUAUCUUUUUUGCCUUACUGGUCUUCCAGGUGACAUUUCAGCUCUGAUGUCUCUUGGUGCUUUUUACAGUCGAGGUACAGGAGUGAAACAGGAUUAUGAAAAAUCCUUCAAGUAUUACAAAGCAGCAGCUGACCAAGGUAUUACACAAGACCUGAGACUUCUCAUAAGUUAAUCAGCGACAGAAAACUUUUUGCUGUCGUUAAUUGGGCUGAUAAGGAGUAGCCUGUGUCGCAGGCGUCGAAAGGGGUAGGGGACGGAAGGGAGGAAAAAAGGGAGGGGGGCUAGGGGGAGAAGGUAAGGGACUCCCCCUACCGUUUCCCUUUGGUACUUUUCUCCCUCUCCCCCUCCCCUUCUCUUUUUGCGCCCGCCACGCAGGCUAAAGAGAAGAUCAGGAUACCCUUUUAGAGUUGGAAAGUCUUGGAAAGGGAAGUCCUGACCCCGCAUUUCUGCUCUUUUUGUCACGACAAUCCCGCAUCCCGAACUUCUGUCAUUGCUAUCCCGGAUAUCCAAUCCCGCAUUCCGCGCCCAAAUUUUGGCUGAUCUCGUUUCCCGUUAACGUAUCACGAUUCCUCACUGUAUUUUGGCAAGAAAUCAUAAUAGGACAGAGAUGGAAUCUCCCAGUCAUUCCAUUGGGAUAUCUUAAUUUCAAAUUAAUUUCAAAUUUAUUAUUUUCUUAAUUUUCACUGAUUUUGCUCAUCAGGUUACCUAACAGCACAGUAUAACAUCGGAGUUAACUACUUCGCUGGCCUUGGUGUUGAGCAUGACUUCAAGAAGGCGGCUUAUUACUUUGAUCUUGCCGCUCACCGUGGACACGUACAUGCGCAGGUGCGAUGAUUUAACUUGUAUCGACCGGGCGCCGGUGGAGAUACUGAAAAUUGGCCUGUGUGCAUCCGUUAUGAGGGGGAAGGGGCAUGUUCACAUGCCAACUGGUGAUGGGUACGAUAUGAACUGAGUUGCCACCGAAUAUAAAAGCUGAGAGAAGACUGGCACGAAAAGAAAGAAAAAAAAGAAAAUGAAAAUGGGAAAGAAAAUGAAAGAUGAGAGGCCAUGGCCAUGGCUCCAUAUGGUCAACAUAUGUAUCUAACAACAAGAGAAGCGGGCAUAUGAGCCAUCACUAACCAAGAAAGAAUGUGCUUGCACCAACUCAGUCUUUCGAGCAUAUUCUGCUACCCUAUACGCUUUAAGGAAACUUAUAAGUAUUUUUCAAGUCAAACCAUUUUAAGUAGCCAAUUCAUGGUUUUUGUUGUUAGCAUAAUCAACUGUUGCAUUCAGUGUUUCUCAAUUUGUUUGUAACAAUUAGUCAAGUGCAUAGCUAUCUAACUAUGGCAUUAAAACAGCCAUCGAUCGUCUUCUUGUCGUAAAAAUAAACUGCUCCUCUCGUAAAUAUUUUAAUAAGGCAAGUGAACUUCGACGAUAAUGUUGAUUUUGGAAAAUCCAUAUUUCUCUUUUUUUCUGCUCGUUAUACUUUUUCUCCCAGUUUCACACAGUCUUAAGGCCUGGGAGAGAUUUCUGAAUGAUAAUUUAUCUAUGAGCUUGUAUAAUCUCUUUUUCCAAACUCAACAGACCCUGGUAUUUCAGUGAUAAAGUUAGAGCUCAGUUUCUUAGUGAAAACAGCCGGGCUUCAGCUUGAAACUGUGUUGAGGUUAUGAAAGCUCCUCCCUUAGUUUUGUGCUUUAGAACACGCCAACGGUGUAAUAUUUCUUUUCUUUUCUUUUUUUUUUUUUUUCGUUUUUAGAUCAAUCUUGGUAAUAUGUAUUAUUGGGGAUACGGAGUCGACAAAGACUGGGAAAAAUCAAGAGAACUGUACAGAGAGGCAGCAAAGACGAACAAAAACGCUGAACUUCUGCUUAAAGAACUCGAGGAUGAAAUCAAAGCAAAGAACAACGCUGACGAUCCUUAAACGAAACAUUCCCCGGUACUGAGCUAAAAUAUCCUUUCGAGACAAGAUUACAAAUAACUCCUCGGCACCCUGUGGAUCAGUCUGUCUGUUUUUUCCCGGGAUAACCCGAACAAGUACAUGGCAUCACUAGGGGUCAUUAAAGUGCAAGAAUGAAUGAACUUAUAGGUUUUUAUCACGGAUAUUAGCUUUUGGCUUCUGUUGCUUGUGAUGCUGGAAAGUCCACAAGCACUCAAGGCACUCAAGUUGUUAGAAGAAAACCAAGAACGCGUGAAUACGCGUAGUGAAUUUACCCUCGCCUGGCAGCGGCUUAACGUGAUUUCCUCGAGUUUUAAUCAUUGAAAGAGGCUGGGGAAAUUUACUCUGCAUUUUCUCCUUUUUGCGCCC